GCCGAGGGUCUUCGGAGGUGAAUUGAUUCGACCAAUCAGAUUCGCCGUUGCUACUGGUUACAGCGCAGCUUCGAAGUCCACUUUUAGUUCAGGGAGCUUGAUGAACUGAACUGUGGCGCAAUUAAGAGGAAUUUGAAUGUUCGAGGACCUCUCCGCGACUUUUUUUUAUUUUUGUUUUAAUAUUUUUUUGCCGGUCGUAGAGGCUGACGGAGUCCCGCUCCCGAGCGGCCGUUGACCGCGGUUGGAGUUCAGCCCGCGAAGCUGGAGCUAUGCCUGUCCCCGCUGGAUACCUCAGCGAGUUCCCGGCCGCGGCCUUCGCAUCCUCGGCCUCGCUUAUCCCGCUGCCGCCGAUAAACACUCACCAGCCCGGCGUUGUCACGUCGCUGCUGUAUAGCGGCUCCAAGUUCCGAGGGCACCAGAAAAGCAAAGGGAACUCGUACGACGUGGAGGUGGUCUUACAGCAUGUCACAAUGGAGGAUUCCUACUUGUGUGGCUAUUUGAAAAUAAAAGGACUCACAGAGGAAUAUCCGACCCUCACCACUUUUUUCGCCGGCGAGAUCAUCAGCAGGAAGAGGCCGUUCCUCACCCGAAAGUGGGACGCAGACGAGGAUGUGGACCGUAAGCACUGGGGCAAGUUCCAGGCUUUCUACCAGUAUGCAAAGACUUUUAACUCCGACGAGUUCGACUACGAGGAUCUAAAGAACUCGGACUAUAUUUUUAUGAGAUGGAAGGAGCAGUUUCUAGUUCCUGACCACACCAUUAAAGACAUCAGCGGCGCUUCCUUUGCAGGAUUCUACUACAUCUGCUUUCAGAAAUCCACAGCAACAAUCGAGGGCUACUACUACCACAGGAGCUCUGAAUGGUACCAGUCCUUAAACCUCACCCACGUCCCCGAGCACAGUGCCGCCAUCUACGAGUUCCGGUGACCCCCGCCAGGCGCCGGGAGGGAUGUUUUUGGUUUGGAGAAAGCAGAGGUUCUGCAGAUGUUUCAGAGAAAGGAAAAGGGAAGCAGGAGAAGCUUCUGAGAAGCAGACGGACGAGAGAGGAACGAGGAGGACUCAGACGGACGAAUGUAGCGCAGAACAAAGUGCAGACGGGCCGGCGAGGCCGCAGCUCAGACGGCGUCCCGUUCAUUCCCAUUUCUUCACUCGUCUUAAGGUUUGAUUUUAAGACUUAACACUGAACUAACGUGGAAGGAGACGCGUCCACCAUGAGGAGGAGAGCAGGAAUCAUGACUUCAGACGCUUCUUCAUUUGGUUGACGAGGACGGACGCCAGCGGGUUACAAUCCUUCCUUUUCCUGCUGUUACGUUGCACAUUUCCUCCUGAGAAGUGAAGAUGUUACUCAUCCACUACACAAGCGUGAGAGGACAGUUCACGUGGGAAGGGUUUACAGCCAAAACUCAGAAAAGUAUUCUAAAAAACAAGUAUUUUUUACUCUUCAGUUCUCUCCUCGAUAUUUUUCCCUUCAACUAUGCAACCGUUUGUUUAUUUUGGAGUGUGCCAUCUCUGAGAGAUAGAAUUCUAUCCUAAAUAUAAAUAUAUAAAAUAUGUUGCUGAAAGAAAGUAUUUUUGUGUAUAACACUCUCCUCCCGAUCAUCUUUACUCUUCCGUGUGGUUUAGUGCCAUCUUUUUUUAAAGUUGCCAGAUAUAUCAGAUACAGUGUUUGUGAACAAGCUUGGUUGACUGUAAAGAGUGGAUUCAGAGAAAAAAUCUUACCAAAAUGUGGAUUAAAAAGAUUUAUCCGUGUG